AUGAAGAGGACUGACAGCGGGUCCUGCUGCCGCCGCCGCUGCGACUGCGGCUGCUGCUGCCGCGCGUCCAGCCGGGCGCGCCACGCGCCCUACUGGUCCAGGGACGCGGCGCGAACCCCACAGUCCUCACGGCAGUCUCCUGGCCGGGAACGACGGCAUCCCGAGCCGUCCGGGAGCUGGGCAGCAGCGGCCGAGGAGGAAGAGGCAGCCGCGGCAGCCGCACCCUGGAUGAGAGAUUAUUUUGCAGAAGAUGAUGGGGAGAUGGUACCUAGAACGAGUCAUGCAGCAGCUUUUCUUAGUAACACCAAAGAUCGAGGCCCUCCAGCACAGUCACAGACCUGGAGAAGUGGUGAGAAGGUCCCCUUUGGGCAUUCCUUGAGAGCAUUUGAAAGACCCCUUCAGGUGCAGACCCAGGCUCUUCGAGACUUUGAGAGGCACCUCAAUGACCUGAAGAAGGAGAACUUCAGCCUCAAGCUGCGCAUCUACUUCCUGGAGGAGCGCAUGCAGCAGAAGUAUGAGGCCAGCAGGGAGGACAUCUACAAGAGGAACAUCGAGUUGAAGGUUGAAGUAGAGAGCCUGAAACGAGAACUCCAGGACAAGAAACAGCAUCUGGAUAAAACAUGCACUGAUGUGGAGAAUCUCAACAGCCAUAAUGAAGCUGAGCUCCGGCGCCAGUUUGAGGAGAGACAGCAGGAGACGGAGCAUGUUUACGAGCUCCUGGAGACUAAGAUCCAGCUUCUGCAGGAGGAAUCCAGGCUAGCAAAAAAUGAAGCCGCACGGAUGGCGGCUCUGGUGGAAGCAGAGAAAGAGUGUAACCUGGAGCUCUCAGAGAAACUGAAGGGAGUCACCAAGGACAGGGAAGAUAUACCAGGAAACCGGGUCAAGCCCAACCAAUACACUGAGGCCCUGGCCCAAAGGGACAAGUAG